CAUUCAAGCAAAUUCAUAUGACUCCAAACCACACGUGAUUUUAGAAUUUAUUUCUAAAGAGCAGUUCUAAACCCAAAAUUCCAAUCAUGACAUCCUCGAAAAUGGAUGAAGAGCUGAGAAAUGCAGCAGUGAGAGGAGAUGUAGACUUCCUUAAACAUUGUGUUGAAUCCAAUAAACCCAUCGAAUACUACUUGACUUUCUAUCCUGAGGAGGAUGACCAAUCUGGAAGACGCCAUCAUGGCAACAUCUUCCACAUGGCCGCAACCGAAAACCAAGAAGAGAUAGCAAAGAUUUUUGUAGAUGUUUAUUAUCGUUGUUUACCAUCUCAUCUUUUGGAACAUGAACGACCCUUGUUAUUGAACAACUCCAGGGGAGAUAACCCUUGCUUUGUGGCUGUUUUUAAUUUUCAAGAAGAAUGUGCGUUGGAAAUUUAUAAAAUGGAUACGGAGUUGAUUUCCAAAAUGCCUAAUUAUCGUGGUACCUCCUUAGUCUACGAGGCCGUAAAUAUGAAGAUGAGCAAGUUAGCUUUAGAGAUUUUGAGGUCUCCCCAUCCUAUUAGUUGCGGCGGCGGAAACAAUGGCUACACUCCAUUCCACUCAAUACAUUAUAUCGAAGGCUCAGGUAAACAUGGUUAUUAUUAAUUUUCUUUCAAUAAAGAACGUAAUUUUUUUUUUUAAUAGUUCUUUUACAAAUAAAUAAUUAAAUAUAGGAAAUUUUAUGGGAAAAUACCUUAUUAAUUUUUUAUGAAAAAGAAGGAAAAAAAAAAAGAAAAUAAACGAAAAGUAGAUGUUGAAAGAGUAGUUAAACUCCCAAAAUAUGGCAAUGGAAGCAUGGAACCUUGUUACAGUAUACACACCUUAUAAAACUAAAGUACUUUAUUAUAACAUAUUUUAUAAGGUAGUUUUUCAAAACAAUCGAUUUUAAUAAAAAAAAUUUCCACAAAAUUUCAUUACUAAUUGUCUAGGUCAAAGUUACACGAUGAGAAAACACAUAGUAAGUUAAAAUGGAACAAACACUUAAAUGAGAAAGUUGUAGUAAAAUAAUAUUGUACUUCGUACAACAUCAUUUUUUUUUUUAAUUUUUAAGAAGUAAGAUACGAGGAGUUUAGGUAUGUCUAACAUCAAUAUGAAUCAAAUAAAAUCUUAUUCCGUGAUUACUUUUUUCUUUAUAAAGUACUUCGUAUAAUUUAGUGAGAGUUAACAUAUACGAAUAUAUGUAUAUCACUAUAUGUUUAUAUACAUGAACACACAAAUAUACACACAUGUGCAUAAUUAUAAUUUGUGGAGAUUCGGCACUUCAUUUGUGGGCAUAUGAUGGUAAAAUUUGGCCAUUCAAAAUUCUCUUAGAUUGUAAGGAUAUCAUCCAAGAUGUAAAUAAGAUUUUCACAUACUUGGUAUCUUUAACGAAUAAUUAUGGUGGCAAUCCAUUACACAACUUGGCUAAAUAUGCCCCGUGUACAGAAGAUGCUACAAAAAUUGCAGAAAUGCUGAUAGAUAUUUACAAAAAAGAAUCACCAAGCCUUUCAAAUAAUCAACAUCCUUGGUUAGUGAAGAACAUUAAUGGAGAUACACCUUUGUCAUUGGCCAUAGCCCAUAAGAAAGAAAAGCUCGCAAUAUAUUUGUUGUCAGUGGAUGAAAAUGUAGUUAUCGAAAGUAAGAAGAAUGUUCUAUUCUUGGCUGUCGAGGUUCAAUGUCAUAAAGUUGCCGAAGAGAUAUUGAAGAUAAUCGAUAACGAAGGUUGAACUCAACUUCUUACGAAUCAUAAAAAGCUCAAUAUCUUGCAUCUUGCUCCAUUAUGCACAGAAAACUUUUGUGCACAACUAAUGGAAAGACAUCCAGAAUUAAUCAAAGGAGUAGAUAAAGAAGGAUCUACAAUAGUUCAUAGUUGGAUAAAAAGUGACAAAGAAUGGCUAUUUAAAUUCAUAUUGGAGAGAAAGUGGAAAGAUCAGUUUGUAAAACUUGUUGAUGUUAAGGAUUACAAUUAUCAAAACAAUCCUUUUCAUGUUGCCGCAACUACCACGCAUAAAGCAACAAACCAGAUUGUACCACUCCUUGUUGAAGCUUACAAAAAAAACAAACUUAUUUGGAGCGUAGAUGAUAUCGAUAAAUUGCCAUGGUUUGAAAAGAAUAAAGAAAACGAAGGGCCUCUACACUUGGCAUUACACAACAAGCGUGAAGAUCUUGGACUAUACAUAUUGUCACUACUCCGGGAUUAUGAAAUUAUGGAUGAACUGCUAGAUUAUUACGAGCCAGAGCACUCUACGUUGUUUCUUGCUAUACAAAACAAUUGCUCUGAAGUAGCCAAAUUCAUAUUGGGAAAGUUGGAUAAGCGAAGCAGGACCAAAUAUCUAAAAGAUUCCUCAACUGGUUGGAAUAUAUUGCAUCUUGCUACAAGCUUGACAGAUGAAGAAUUUGGGACAUGGCUAGUUAAUGAAGCACCAGAGUUCAUCACCGAACAGGAUAACAAUAAUCAAUCACCUUGGGAUACAGCAUAUGAAACCGGUUCUGCAUGGUUUAUAAAAGCGGUUUUGAAAAAAGAUUCAUCCAUGUUUAGUAGCGAACCCCUUAGCUUGGACAAAAGCUUGUGAAAAUGGUCAUGUCGCAGCUAUUCGUGCCUUCAUCGACCAUAAUCCGAGAGCGUUUCGAUAUCUUUGUAUUGAAAAAAAGGAUUCUUCUUUACAUCAUAUAAAACUUACAAGUUCAAUAGACUGUGAAGAUUUUCUCAAGAUUCCAUACAUGAAGGAUCUAAUUAAUCUUCAAGAUUCUCAAGGUGUAACACCUUUACACAAAACAAUACAAGAUAACGACUUAUUCUUGACUGAAACUUUACUCAGCAUUGAUAAGAUCAACUAUGACAUCAAGGAUGAUGAAGAUAAUUCUGCCAUAGAUCUAUUGGUUCAGAAAUGCGCUGACAACCAGGCAUGGGAAGAAAUGUGCCAAAGAAUCGGGUUUAAUCCAAGGAUAAAAACAUCAUACUUCCAGCGUAGGACCAAUUUGUUAGAAGUGCGAAAUUCAUUAUUUGUGGUGGCGGCUCUAUUAGCCACUAUUACAUUUACUGCUGGUUUUACUCUUCCUGGCGGAUUAAAUCAAGAAAGCGGGGAGGCACUUUUAGCCAAGAAGGUUGCAUUUUUGGUAUUUUUGAUGUCUAAUACAUUGGAUAUGUGUACUUCCAUGUUGGUUUUGAUUUGCCUUGUAUGGUCUAUGGUCCAAGAUUCGAGUAAUUCGUUGUUAUUGAUUGAUCGUAGCAUGGUGUUACUCUUGGUAGCGUUUUACUCCACUAUAUUAGCAUUUAUGACUGGGGUCUAUGUGGUUAUAUAUCCAAAGGUUCUUUGGGCAGCCAUCAUAAUCAUCAUAAUGUGCUCUCUUAUUGGAGUUUCGGCGAACAGAACCCUCUUGUACAAAGUGCUAUUGAUCCCUUCACCAAAGAAGAAGCAAAAUCAGAGAGACCCAAUGUAUCUGCUUGAAUUGGGUAAAGCUUUUCCGUGUUGCGUAGGCAGUAGCAGCCAGAAAGUUGAGUGAAUUGAAGCAACAAAUAAAUUCAAUAAAAUUCUUGUAGUUAUUGGCUUAGAAUAUUCUUGUGGUGUUAAGCACUUAUCAUGAGUACUUAUUACAUGAUGCAUUGUCAAAGUUACUCAUUGCUAUUUAAAGUGGUGCAGUUUUUGAAAGCAAAGAAUUUUAUUUUAUUUUUUGACAGGACAAAAGA